GCUUUACUGGUGCCGGCAAGGCUGAACUGCAUUUGGCUAUCCUCCUAUCAGACCACAGUAAUGGUUGCCGUCAGGCAAAUCACAUGGGCUCUGACUUCCCCAUAGUCAGCCUCGGGUCACCACUGAUCAUUGUGCUUUGCGGUGUGGUGAUCACAAUUCCCGAUAAACUCGACCGCUGGAACUCCUCGGACGGAGCAAGUGGACUGUGUUACCCAACUUCAGAUGGUGUCAGUGCGCAUUUUAUGACGUGCGGAGCAUUUACGAUGGCUAUUUACCUCGAUUCGCGCUGGUGUGCGGGAUUCGUGUGCAAAAGCAAUUAACCAAGAAAACUUCAUUGUUCC